CAAGCGCUGCGUUGUAUCUAUUUAGAACGUCCAAAUAAAAAUCAAAUAUUUCAUUGAUUUAUUCUGUGACUUGGAUUAAUUCAUUAUUAAUAGUUCCAGCAUUCCGUCUUGAGUGUUGGCUAAAAUUCUAACCGGUAAAGGAAUCCCUAUUUGACUGUUACGACGAUGUCUGCAACCGUAACUUCUUCAUCCGCAUUUGCAGAUCAAUCAAAGCAGAAAACCUUGUUUUGCGGCGAUGUGAAUGGAAACUUCCUGAGUUUAUUUUCCCGCGUUGAAACCAUCGUUAAGAAGUCUGGCCCAUUUGAUGUUUUACUAUGCGUGGGGAACUUCUUUGGCGAAGACAAUUCACAGUUGGAUGCUUAUAAAAUGGGCUAUAGAAAAGUUCCAGUAACUACUUAUGUUUUUGGGCCAAGCAACAGUGAUCAUUGUCAAUACUACUGUGAAGAAGGAUCUGAAAUUGUCCCCAAUGUGGUUUAUAUGGGGAAAAGGGGAAUCUUCACAACGAGCCAAGAUGUAAAAAUAGCCUACUUAAGCGGUCUAUCUCGCAGAGAGCUCGGCAAAGACAUGCCCAUGUGUACAUUUGAGCCCAGCGACUGCAGUGCCGUAAGAGAUGCUUGUUUCCGGGGCCAGAGUGAGUAUAGAGGCGUCGACAUACUGAUUACUACUCUGUGGCCUGCGGGGAUACAACAAGAUGAAAAUCGAAAGAUAGAAGUAGAGCAAGAAAGAACAUCAGAUUUGAUAGCAUGGCUAACUAUGCAUAUAAAACCAAGGUAUCAUUUGGUGCCUUCACUAAAUAAAUAUUUCGAGAGGCAGCCUUACAGAAACUUAAGUGUCCAUCAAGACUACAGAGAGAGCGCAACUCGGUUCAUAGCGUUAGCGCCCGUCGGCAACAAGGAUAAGGAGAAAUGGAUCUAUGCGUGUUCCCUGCAGGCCAUCGGUAAGAUGCGCAUGACUGACUUGCUGCAAGCCACUACUGACGAGACGGCGUGCCCUUUCGAUCCGGAGCUCUUGAAACAACAUCAGCCCGGGAAGGUUGUCAAGUUUACUGGCAACGGCCAAUUCUUCUACGACAUGGAUGCGAGAGAUGACGACCACGGCGGCAAAAGAAAAAGGAAGGGUGACCAUCAAGAGAGGAAACGGAAGGAAUUUGAUCAAGAUCAAUGCUGGUUCUGCCUGGCGUCGCCCACCGUUGAGAAGCACCUCGUGAUAUGUGUGGGCGAGCAUUGCUAUCUCGCUCUACCCAAGGGGCCUCUCACCCCGGACCAUGUCUUGAUAUUACCCAUUACACAUCACCAAUCGGUUCUUAAAGCACCCGAGGAAGUAGUAUCAGAGAUAAAGAAGUUUAAAGACGCGUUACGCAACAUGUACGCGUCCAGCGGCAAGGCGGUCGUGUUCUUCGAGAGGAACUACCGCACCUCGCACAUGCAGAUACAGUGCGUGCCGGUGCCGAGGGCCAGCGUACCGCAGUUGCUCGAGGUGUUCCAGGACGAGGCGGGCAUCAACAGCGUACAGAUAGAAGUGCUGCCGCCGUACUCGGAGCUCAGCCAGGUUACGAUGCCCGGGAUGCCGUACUUUCACGCCGAGCUACCCAGCGGCGAGCAGCUCUUCGCCAACACCAAGCAGAAUUUCCCGCUGCAGUUCGGGAGAGACGUCCUCUCCAGCCCCGAAAUCCUCGACUGCGAGGACAAAGCCGACUGGCGGCAGUGCCUCCUCAGCCGCGACCAAGAGGACGCCUUUGUGGCCGAGUUCAGGACCAAGUUCCGCCCCUACGACUUCACGGCCGACGAGGACAGCGACUGAUUCUGGGCCUGGCUCGAGCACGUGCUGAACAAGAUGUAUGUUGUAUCAGGUAACUGCGUUUUGGUCAUUUUUCUUGUUUCCGUUUUUCUGAAACUGUUUUUUGUGCUCGAUAUUUACGA